AAAGUGCUAUAAGCAUUGUGAUUUGGUGUCUAACUGAUUUAGGUAGGCUUGGAAAUUUCCAGCACCUUUUCCACACAUGUCCUCAGGUCACUGGAGGGGCUGGUGACCAGCCUGCCUGUAGCCUAGUUGUUUGCCUAACAUCAGUAGUAGCCCCAGACCCACAGGAGUGGGACUGGGCUCACUAUAGAUUGCAAAAUGCUCCCUGGGGUAGCUACACCCUUGCAGAGCAUGAGAGGUUCGGGUGAUUGAAUCUCUGGGGUGCUCUGAGGACCAGACAAGUUUCUGUGGUCACAGCCCAUGAUGUUCACCCAAUCAAUCGAGAGCUAACAUAAUCAAUCCAUCUGGAGCUAACACCAUCAAUCAAGAGUUCUCCACCCACUGCCCAGAGGUGACUCCACAUAAACCCACAUCUCUUUGACCCUUGGCUAGAUGGCAAGAAGAGUUGGACCGGGACGGUCAUCUCCCUGGCCUCAGAGUCCCCUCGGACCCUGAGGCCCACCUGUCUGGCUGGAGUCCAAAGUAGCCACCAUCACCAUGCCCUCUUCCCCACUCAGGGUGGCUGUGGUGUGCAUGAGUAACAUGAACAGGAGCAUGGAGGCCCACGGCAUCCUCAGGAGGAAAGGGUUCAAUGUCAGAUCUUUCGGAGCAGCAUCCCAAGUGAGGCUCCCGGGACAGCCAGGCAACCCUCCAGUGAUUUACGAUUUCUCGGUGACGUACGGGCAGAUGCGCAAGGACCUUUACCGGAGAGACCGAGAACGCUAUAGAAGCAAUGGCGUCUUGCACAUCUUGGGAAGAAAUGAGAAAAUCAAGGCCCGCCCAGAAAGAUUUCAAGAGUGCAGAGAUGCCUUCGACGUCAUCUUCACCUGUGAGGAGCGCGUCUACGACAGGGUGGUGGAAGACCUGUGUGCCCGAGAACAGGACACCUGCCAGCCAGUGCACGUCAUCAACGUGGACAUGAAAGACACCCUGGAGGACGCCACCCUCGGGGCGUUGAUCAUCUGUGAGCUGUGCCAACGCCUCCAGCAGGCGGACGACGUGGAAGGCAGUGUGGCGGAGGUGCUCCUGUCAGCGGAGGAGAAAACGGGAAGAAGCUUCCUUCACACCAUCUGCUUCUACUGAGGCUCUCGGCUGGUUUGGGUUCCUUCCGCGGUCAGACCUUGUGCGUGGACUUUUAGACUAGUCUGGAUUUUUUGACAAAAGUGUCUUGAAAGCCCUUUCCACUAAAAGCCAUUUGUAUGAUUUUUCAGGUUUUUCAAGAAAUAGACCAGAAAAGCAUUUUAUGGGAAAGGGAAUGUGGACUACCAGUAGUCAUCAAAACCCUUCCAGUGUGGGGGACAACUUUUUAUGGAUUUUACCUUCAAGCAACAAUUCAGUGCUCACAUUGCUCUGCAAGGAAGUUACCAUGAAGGACUCCAUUUUCCAGAUGAAGAAAGCAAGGCUUAUAAUGAAGUGCUGGACAAGUGGUUUGUUGAAAAUUAUUCAGAAA